AUGAGGGACGCAUGUCGAGUCGCAUACGCACUUUUACAGAACGCUGGCGAAGCGUCCUUUCGUCAGUGUAUCGAUUUCAUGACUAGAGGGACGCUGAAUUCUAGAUGCCGGAAGACGAAUGUCCUACUUGGACUUUCCUGGCUGAACGUAACAAACUUUGCUUUGAAGCAGCGUAGGCUCGCAUGUCUCUUGCACGAUCAGCCGAGUGUUGGCUGCCCAUGUUUGUGUCAGUUUGCUACGCAGACGACGCGAUUCUUACAAAUCAAAACAGCCUGUAUGAACCAUUUGCCACACACUGUGAUGGCACCACAUGCUCUGCCCGGGACUUUUUGGAGUGAGCAGAUCGAUGCUGCAGCUGACAUGCUCGGAAAACGCGAUGAGGAGGGCGGCAUCUCGAAACUGAAGUCGCUUCUACUCGAUUCACGGCUCCCUUGCUACUGGCGCAUUCGAGCUUAUGCCUUUCUGGCAAAAGCGUCAGAAGACUGGUAUGAAGCAGAAGUAAGCAGAAUCCAAGUCCAGGAUACGCCCAUGUUGACCAUGUCAAAGGACUAUCAGUAUGCAGCCGAAAUACUUUGGACAUCAACUCGCAACCUAAUACCGUUCAAACAAGACGACGAUUUCGACGAAGUUACAGACGAAAAUCGCUUCUUCCUGAAUCGACUUGCUGUUCAGAUGGAUACCGAAAUGCCUGAGGAUCUCAGAACUUUUCGAAAAAGAUCCGAUGGAGAGGGAGAGCAAGCUGAAGUAGGCGAAACCUCCAGCACUUCGGAUGACAACGAGGACCAGGAUGAUGGUCAAGUCGGCGGUGUCAGUAGGGGAGUCGUAUCCGAAGAGGAGGAAGCGAAACGCAGCGAUGACGAAGACCACCAGGAAGACAUAGAUCAAGAAGUCAAGCACAGCGAGAACGCUAAAGCCGAAGAGAUGGAGCUGUCAGCAACCUUGUGGGGCCAUCCGUCCACAGACGCAUCACCACACAUCUCUGUCAGAAGAUCAACGCCAACGACAGGUCCUUGA